UUGUAACUGCAAUCAGCUGAUACCAAAAACAGAAUGGGCUGGAGAAAUAAAAGAUUGUAAUGGCAAAAACAACUGUCAAAUAAGAAAUGAAUAUUUCUGCGAUGACUGUAUUGACGAAUGUCCUAAUUUUGGAAGGAUAUGCUACAAAUGUUGCAAAACUGUCAGACAAUGUAUUGGUAAUCUUAUGACUUUAGAGUGUGGCGGGGUAUACAUCAAUAUAAUAGCAGUGAUGCAUGGCAGAACUCCCAAAAGACAAUGUCCAAAUGGCAGAGUACGCUGCCAAAUAGAAAGUUCAAAACGACUUGGUAACCUUAAAAAAGAUUGUGAUGAUCAAGCAAUGUGUAUUAUAAAAGCUACUCCCGGAGGGAGGUGUGAUGGAAAAUCGACAAAUUAUGAACAAAUUUUAUAUGAAUGUGUUCCAAGACCAACAACAAUCAUCAGCACAUCAUCAAGAAGACAGCAAACAACACAAGGUACGACACCGUUUCAAAAAACAGAAUCACCAACGGAAAAAAUCGUCACAGGGACAGAGACAAUAGCUAGACAAGCAUCAGCUGAAACAUCCUCUGCUUCAACACCAAAUGAUGGCUCUACUAUGACAGAAGAUACUCCAAUUACAUUUGAUGAAAUAACCAUAAAACCUGAUACAACUACAAAUAAAGAGAGUACUUUGAAGCAACAGGGAUCAGAAAUUAUCACUAUUGUCGUGCCAUCUAUACUGGGAGUGCUGAUUCUACUUGCUAUUAUUGUGCUGCUGGUAGUGUACCAUAUCAGGAGGAAAAAAGGAUCCACAAAAGAGAAAGAAAACCAAUCAGAUAAUGACCAUACUUACGCAAAUGCUGCCUUCACAAAGAACUUGAAUGAUGCAUCUGAUAAAGGUAUGAAAGUGAAACUCAAUAUUGCCGUUGUUGAACCAAUGAAAUCACUUGGAAACAAUUUCAAUGACCCAGACCUCAUUCAAAAUGACAUCUACAGUUCAGACAUUGACUCCAAAGAAAAUGGCCAAUCAUACCAUCAUAAAUCAAGCCUCGAAUCCAAGAAACAUCAACAUGAAUCAAGCACAGAUGACUAUUCACUUGAAGGCGAGCCUGAAAAUGCUGUUUAUGCACUCCCUGAUGGUGACACCAGUGACCUAGAAAUUCAAGAAAUGAACAAGAAAAUUUCCAUCACUGAUCAAAAUUUGUAUUACGAAACACCCGAGGAUGUCACCUCAAUAGAUGACCAGUCUAAACAGACCACAGAUCAACCUUCACUUCCACAAAAUAAAGUAUUUGCUGCUGCUGAUGAUAUUGGAGAAAACCCAUAUUACUCAACACCAGCUACAGAUGCUUCACCAAGAAGCAUCACACUGAAUGGUAUGAAUGAGGA